GUUUGGUUUCACCUUUUACUUAGCAUGUUGCUGCUGGAUUAUGUUCUCCUCCUCUGAUAUUCUGUUACUGUGUUAUUUUUCAGGAGUAUGGACCAACUUCUUAAAUCACAUCCAAUGGAAGUCAGAUUGCGCCAUUGGCACAACCACCCCAUCAUGUCCACUGAUGCUCUUCGAUUCAGGAGACCGAGUAAAGCUACCAAAGAAAUUUUCUUAGACUACUACAAGAAAGGACAUACGCCAUCCUCUGCUCUUAAGUGUCAUAAAUUUGAUCUUCAAGUAGAACAUGGUGAUGAAUUUUUCAAAAGCCAUGCUGAUGGUUCCAUGUGCCCAAAUUUGAACUGGUGCUACUACCAAUAUUAUAAAGUGUUUAAAGCUGUUUAUGGUGAAAAUUAUGGUGAUGGGAUGGUCACAAAGCUGAAAGAGGUCAUUGAUGAUUAUAAUGUAAAAUGUAAAUCCCAAUGUGCAGAUAUUGCAAUUGACAAUGAUGACAUUGUUGUUGUUAUAUGUUCUCCUCUGAUGAAGAGAGUACAUGAACUCCUGAAGUCUUCCUCUGAAGUGGUCAUAAUGGACUUCUCAGGGAACAUGGACCGAUAUGACACAAGGGUUGGGUUUUUAAUAGCCCCUAGCCUUGCAGGUGGCUUACCUCUUGGUGUCAUCAUGACUUCUGCAGAGACCGAAGCACUAAUUACCACAGGGCUGCAGAUGCUACAGAAGCUGUAUCCAAAUAUUUCUUUCUUUGGAAGAGGAACAAAUGGCCCUAAGGUCUUCAUUACUGAUGAUUGCAAAAAAGAAAGGAACAGUCUAUCUUUUCUGUAUCCUUUGGCUGUUCUUCUUUUAUGCCUCUUUCAUACCUUACAAGCAUUCUUAAGGUACAUCAUAGCUUCUGAACAUGGGGUCAAAAAAGAAGAUAGAGCUUUAAUCUAUGAUGCCUUCAAAAAUCUGGUCAGGUCAAAAUCAGAAGAAGAGUAUGACAGCCAAUAUGAAGAUUUCAAGACUAGUGAAGUGCUGCUUCGAAACCAGAAAAUCUACAAUCAUGUGACAAAGGACCUUCAUCCUCGCCGAAAAGAAUGGGCUUUGUGUUAUCGAUCUGACCUAGUAAUACGUGGUAACAACACCAGUAACCUUGCCGAGGGCAACUUCCUCCAAGUGAAA